AUGUCACCAAGCAAAACCUCCCCCUCUCCCCCAAACGCAAUGCCUCUCGACCCAAUCUCCGAAUGGCGCGUCUGGCAAACCCUCACAGUGAUCUACACCCACCAAUUAAACCACCAAAUCCAACGCCGCUGUCUCCUUGAACAAAAAUGCAUGCAAGACCGCGCCUUAUCCGACCGAUUCCGACCCCUAGUAUUCUUCGAACCAGUCCCAACCCUCCACAAACCCUCCCCAAACCCAAACCCAGCAAAGGAAGCAGACAACAACCCCUUCAACGAAAUCACAAUGAGUGCCCUCCGCACGAAAGCAGGACUUCUACGUGCGCGCGUCGAAAAGGGAAAGGAACUCGCUUCCGAGAUAGAACGUCGCAUGGUCCAGGAGCCGCUAAUCAGAUUCCCGACGCAUUUCUGUCAUACUUGUAUACAGGAUGGGGAGACUGUUGAGGUUUUGCUUACAAAGUGUGGACAUCGGGAUUUCCCCGAGGUUACUUCGCCUUUUAAAGGACGGGGGAGUUGGGAUGGGGGUUUUGCCGAAUAG